CUAAAUCUCGAUUGUCUACUAAGGUAUGUUAAGUAGUUCACCUGGAAAGAUCUCCGGAGUAUCGAGUGCUCGGAAUUUACGGCACCUCUAUAUGAUCAUUUGAAACACAUGGAAGCUUCUGUGAAUCAGAGUCUGAAAUAGCUGUUUUGUACUAAUCGUUCCUCUCUUCUCCAAAUGCGAUUUCGAACUCUACCAUAUGUUCGCUUAUGUAAUUCAAGUAACUGAGCCUCAGCCGCCACAGCUUGUAGGCUGCUCUAACAGACGUGGACCUGCUUGUACCCGGCCACGCCAGACCGUGUUUGCCUUGCAGCCCGCCUGUACGUACCACGGACCUUAGCAGCAACCUCAUUGCACUGCACCUUCUGUAGCUCCAACCCAGUGACGGGAGCUUCAACUGUCCAACUCGCACUCCAUCCACUCCACGCCGGCUGCUCUUCUACAACCCCACGACGCGAAGAUACGAUACGAAUUAGCGACUGCAAAGCUUGCGGUUUCACAUAACGAAUCGCCGCCUCCCUUGUUCCCGAGUUCCUCUCGAUAAGACGGCCGCUGGUUGACGUCGAUUCCCCGACCUCGCAUCUACCUUCCUACCUUCAAGAAGUCAUCAUGUCAUCUCCUUUCUCGAUAAGUUCGUCUCGGUCGCCUGCCAUUAUACCAGCCUUCAUCCAUAGCUAACCUCCCUCUUCUUCCAGACGGCGGCGCCUGUGUCGCCAUGGUCGGAAAGGACUGUGUCGCCAUCGCAUGCGAUCUUCGCCUCGGUCUCCAGGCUCUGACUGUGUCCAACAAUUUCCCCAAGAUCUUCCAGUACGGCGACGUCUUCUUAGGUCUCACUGGCCUGGCUACCGAUGUUAACACCGUGAGCGACCUCUUCCGCUACAAGGUCAACAUGUAUCGCCUGCGUGAGGAGCGCUCCAUCGCCCCUCGAACUUUUGCCAACCUCGUUUCCUCAUCUCUCUACGAGCGCCGUUUUGGACCUUACUUUGUGUCUCCUGUCGUUGCUGGUCUUGAUCCUAAGACUGGCAAGCCUUUUAUCUGUGGUUUCGAUAGUAUUGGCUGUAUCGACUUUGCCAAGGACUUCAUUGUCUCUGGCACCGCUUCGGAGCAGCUCUUUGGCAUGUGCGAGGGUCUCUGGGAGCCUGAUCUGGAACCCGAUGCCCUCUUUGAGACCAUCUCUCAGUCGUUGCUCAACGCUGUUGACCGUGAUGCCCUUUCGGGCUGGGGUGCCCACGUUUACAUUAUCGAGAAGGACAAGGUUACCAAGCGAUUACUAAAGGGACGACAGGACUAGAGCGUCGGUGUAAUGGACAAAUCCACACGAAUAGAGCGGGACAAGGAGUGGUUUAUGUACCUUGUAUGAAUAGAUACUCGGCCAAUAUCAACCGCUGGGUAAUGAGAAUGCACGUCUUCGUCUUGCUGUCAACUCUCUUCGUGCCACAAGCUUCGAUACUCUAUGAGUGAAUGAAUUCACGGUUUGAUUUAACUCUAUCAAUUGGCCAGUAUCGUCAUUGCCCUCUUCUAUGGGGAUCAAAUCCAUUGCGAGACUUAAUAUUCAGCUCAUUCUACUCGAGCAGGACCGCAAAGGCUUCGCAAGGUGCCAGUUUAGUCUCGCCACUGUUUAAAUCAUCAACUGCCCUUCCAGCAGAGCUGACCAGCACCUCUCGAGUCUUGCCAGGCAAAGACCACGCAACUGUAUCAGUUGUGAAGUUACAUACGAUGAGAGCAGUCUCUCCGUUGCCGGCCCUUCGUGAGUAUGCAAAGACCUUCUCGUUGGACUCGUCAACGAGUUGGAAGUUUCCAUAUACAAAUAUGUCUAGGAACUCCUUUCGUCUCUGCAGAACCUUGCGGUAGCAGCCAUACACAGAGUUGGGGUCUGAAGUCUGGGAUGCAGCGUUGAUUUCCUUGUAGUUAUCAUUGACUCUCAUCCAAGGCUUAGCAUCAGCAGUAGUAAAGCCAGCGUUGGGGCUUGCGUCCCAUUGCAUGGGAGUUCUGGCAUUGUCACGAGAC